UUGAUUAAAUUGCAAUUAUGUAUAAUAGUAUAAUUUAAUGGUUACUAAGUGAGUUUUUUUCAACCAAGUAUACAUAAACGGUUCAAUAGAAAAUGUAGAGGUCAGCAAAAAUCUAAACGUUUCAUGAUAAUAUUUAGAAAAUUAAUGCAGUAAACCAGUAAAUGCAGUGCGAUUGUAAAUGCGUAAUAAAAUCAAAAGUUCUACAAAUAAACACUCUAGUCUCGAUGCAAAAUGAAUUCUGCAUUGAUUCAGCAAAUGUUAAUCUAUUUUGAUAAUGUUUUGAUAUUCGUCUUCCUAACAACAGCAAUAAUUUUGAUUAUUGCCUACCAGUUCUGGAAAAACCGAAACCUUCCGCCUGGUCCUUGGGGAUUACCAAUAGUCGGUUAUUUACCAUGGUUGGACGCAAAAAAUCCUUAUUUGACUUUAACAGCUUUAUCCAAAAAAUAUGGUAAAGUCUACGGUUUAAGCUUAGGAAGUGUCUACACGGUUGUACUGACAGAUCCAAAGAUUAUAAAGAAAGUUUUUUCAAGAGAUUCAACUGCUGGAAGAGCUCCAUUAUAUUUAACGCAUGGAAUUAUGAAUGGAUACGGCCUAAUUUGCUCAGAAGGAGAUCUCUGGAAAGAACAUAGAAGAUUAACUUUCAACUACCUUCGACAAUUUGGGGCUACCAAAGUAGGACCCAAUAGAAAAAAAAUGGAAAAUCUCAUACUGCACCAUUGUUUAGAUUUUACUGACCAUUUGAAAACAGUUGGAGAAAAUACGGAAAUAGAUAUAUUUCCACCCCUACGUCACAGCUUAGGAUCGGCUGUCAACGUCAUUAUUUUCGGAAAAUCCUGGGAUAGAGACGAUAAACUUUGGAAGCGGUUACAAUAUUUUCAGGAGGUGGCUCCUAAGUAUCUUGGAGUGGCUGGACCAAUAAAUUUUCUACCAUUUUUAAGAUUUCUUCCAAAAUACCAAAACAUUAUGGAUUUCAUUUUGAAAGGAAAAGAAGAAACUCACAUAGAAUAUCAAAAAAUUAUAAACGAACAAUCUUUAAUACUGGAUAAGCUGAAUAUUCAAAAUGGAGUUACUAAUAAUGCUACAAAUAUUUUGCAGGGGUUUCUUGUAGAAAAACAAAAUAAGAGUGCAGAUGUUGCUGAAAGGCUAUAUAGUGAUGACCAAUUUUAUCAUCUUCUAGCGGAUCUUUUUGGAGCUAGCUUAGAUACAACAGUUACUACUUUAAGAUGGUACUUCAUGUAUCUAGCAAAAUACCCAACAAUCCAAGAUGAAAUUAGAAAAGAACUUGAAGACGUACUGCAAGGUCGUCCUCCAUCCAUGGAAGAUCUUAACCAUCUCCCUUUGACAGACGCUUCUAUUUUAGAAACUAUGAGAAUAAGACCUGUGGUACCUGUUGGCAUACCACAUGGUUCUUUAGAGGAAAUGGAAAUUGAAGGGUAUAGAAUUCCAAAAGGUACCAUGCUGGUUCCGUUGCAAUGGGCAUUACAUCAUGAUGAAACAGUAUGGAAAGAUCCUGAACAGUUCAAUCCUAGAAGAUUUAUUAAUGAUGAAGGCAAAAUCGAGAAGCCUGAGCAUUUAAUGCCUUUCCAAGUUGGCAAACGGAUGUGUGUUGGUAACGAAUUAGCAGGAAUGUUUCUGUUCUUUUUUGGUGCUACGCUAUUACAAAAUUAUUCUAUAACUUUAAGCGAUCCAAACGUGGAUAUGUGGGGAGAAUGUGGAAUUACUUUGACGCCGCAAGACCAUACAUUUUUGAUAACACCGAUAAAUAAAAAUGUCAAAUAAUGUAUUAAUAAAUAAUAAAAAUUAAUCAAUAAAAAUUGUACCUAGCCAAUAUUUGUAAUAUCGCAAGAUAGUUUUUCUAUUUUGUUGUGUACGGUAAUUUUUUUUUUUUUACUAAUAAAAUGUUUUUUAUUCCGCCAA